AUGGACCGGGGGGGUGAUCCCGGUCCCCACCUUAAGGCUUUGACCGGGACGCCGCGGCUGAAGCUGUGGAGUCAGACAGAGAUCCAAGAUGGCGGGCGCCAUGUGCGCAGGGGACGAAGAGGUGACCGGCACCCAGCAUUAAUACCCACGGCUGACAACGCGGUUCCUACCUUCGAACCUGGCAAAGCUGAGAAGCGAGACCAUUGUCACCUCCACCCGCAGGUAUUUGAACCAGCGACAAUGGCAGCGUCAUGGGGGGAAGGAGGUAACCCGCGCAACGACCAUUGCUACCUGAAUGGACUGAGCCUGUCACCGGCGCGAAGACAGACCAACCACACACCCAGUCUGCAACAAAGCCACCCAAGAAUCGACAGCACCCUAUAG